AUGAUCAAAGGUGGUGCCCAACCUUUAGCGCAAUUCAUAAAAAGAAUAACAGAACGAUCAAUCCAUCUUAUACCUUCAGACAACUCGAAAACUGGUUACAAUUACUUAAACAAAAGGAAGAAUCGAUUAGAUGACCAUCAAUUACCGCCGGGAUAUACCAAUUUCCAUCAGGAAAUCCAAUUUCAAGACUUUUUGCUAACUGACAAAAGUCCUAACAAUUGUUGCUAUCUAUCGAAUAACAGCGUUGUUCUCGUAGAACAUAUAUGCUGCUACAAGGAAAUUCCUGUUAUUGUUGGUCGCCAAUUUAUCAACACUCAUCCUAUUGCUGAUUAUCCGUGCGAUUCUCGCAAUUUAGGCAUUUUCGAUGGACGUGAGCUUUCUGAACUUCAAACAUGGAACAUAGACGAAAUUGAUCGAAAAGGCUUUGUUGUUCCGUACGACGCUGAUUCUGUAUUUAAAACAUAUAUCAUGAGACAUCCCGAUUCUUUACAUCAGAGGAAUUGGCGAAAGCGUCCACGCUUUCUUUUCAGAUUUUCCCGACAACCUAUAUUUCACAUCACAGAUCUACAUAUUUUAUUGGUCAAUUCACAGGAUAUGGCAGCUAUUCAGAAACACCACAAUAAGCAGAAAAGAUCAAUGCCAUCGCAAGCAUCAAAAGGAAUGUCUCAAGCAAAGAUAAUCAAGAUCCGAAACAUGUAUCUCCCGCCCAACAAAUUCAAAGCAGGAACAGAUACGGCUAACAUCUUGAACAAUUCCGGCGUUCAAAUAAUCGAAAACAGUUCUGUAGCACCGGUGCAAAACGCGAACAAAAAGUACGUGUCGCAAUUGCAGAAACGCAGUGCGCAAAAAAUUUCCACUUCUUCACCCUUACACCAAGACCAGACUAUCUUAGAAUAUCUGCAGGACAAUGCGAAAACUGCAGAAGAGCAAGAUGAUGAAUAUACGUAUGCAGAAUUUUUGGAAGACAGCAGCAAUGAUGAAGUAGUUGGAAAUGAUGAAGUACGUGAAACUGAUGAAGUAGUUGAAAAUGAUGAAGUACGUGAAAAUGAUGAAGUAGUUGAAAAUGAUGAAAAAAAUAAUAAUCAAGGUGACGAUGCAUUAGACAACGACGAAGUAAUUGUCAAUCGAGAAGACAGACCAGAAAUACAUCCACACGAUGCUGCAGUAUGCUGCAAUAUCGUUAUGGAAGAUCUGGAGAAAAGGGUUUUGGAUGCAUUGAACACCCUGAUUUGCACACACUGUAGAUGCGGCUCACACUGGCGGAGAACAUGCUGGAUCGCGCUGAUACGGAUCGUGCUCGAACAGCGGCUGCAAUUAACACAGCAGCAGCAGCCGUUCACUCUACCGCCUGUGCCCUCGCCUGUCCCUGUGGAUAAUUGGUCGGAACCGUCAGAGCCAUCGUCGAUUCACCAUCCGCCUCAGAGCACGCCGACGCAUUCGCCUCUGACCUCUGAGGGGCAAGCAGAACUCAGAAGUCUCAGAACAUGUUUGACGACGGUGCAUCACAGUACCAUAUGUGAAGGGUGUAGGCGAAGAUAUCCGACGCAUUUUUAAUACAGUCCAUCUUGAUACAGUAUAUAAUAUUCCUAAGAAACUCGAGGGUAUCAUAAAGAGUGGAAAGGACAAGCUUGUCAGGGAGAACGAGACCGAAUUGGUGUAUGAGAUAGAAUGUGGUGAUUGCGAUGCAGUUAGUAUAUAGGUCAGACUAAGCGUCAUCUAUCAACACGGGUCAAUGAACAUAAAAAGGACAUCAUAAAGCACCCCAGCAAUCACUCUGUCGUGAGCAAACAUCGAAUGCAGUUUGGUCACAAUUUUAAAUGGGAGAAAACU